AUGGGGAGUCUGUACGGCCUGCACAGGCCGGUGGGAAGUUAUUUUAGGUUAUAUGAAAGAGAUGUUUGCUCAUCUCUAAGACUUACCAGAAAUCUUGAUUUGAAGACAAUAAAUGGAUUUUGCACCAAACCACAAGAAAGUCUAAAAGCUCCACCCUACAUUUACAGCCGCAGAGUGCCAUUACACAAACCUACACAUUGGGAGAGGAAGAUCCUGAUAUGGUCAGGUCUCUUCAAAAAGGAAGAUGAGAUCCCAGAGACUCUCUUGCUGGAGAUGCUUGAUGCUGCCAACAACAAGAUCUGGGGGAAGAUCAGCAUUGUAAUGAUGGCCCUGACAGUGGCAGGAUGCAUCUCGAUGGUUAUUGAGGGCAAGAAGGCUGUCAAAAGAAACGAAAACGAGUCUUUAACAAGCCUGAAAUUGGAUAAGAAAGCUCGCCUAAGAGAGGAAGGAGCUAUGAAGGCCAAAAGAGUAGCAGAGGUAUCCAUUUUGGCUGGAUUUUGA